GCAAUUGUUGAUGAGCAACGUAGCAGCCAAGAAGGCAGGUGGGUUGGAAGGGGUACGGCUGCCAGCAAACCGAGGAGGGCUGGUGGCUGAGCUGGAACUAUGGAGGAGAGGAGCAACGAGAAGGUGAACCAGGCCCAUGUCCUCUUUGACCGCUUUGUCCAGGCCACGACCUGCAAAGGGACUCUGAAAGCCUUCCAGGAGCUCUGCGACUACCUGGAGCUGAAGCCCAAGGACUAUCGUACUUUCUACCACAAGCUCAAGUCCAAGCUUAAUUACUGGAAAGCCAAAGCCCUUUGGGCCAAGUUGGAUAAGAGGGGCUGCCAUAAAGACUUCAAGAAAGGGAAAGCAUGCGCCAACACGAAGUGUCUCAUCAUUGGGGCUGGACCCUGCGGCCUUCGAUCAGCCAUUGACCUGUCCUUUCUAGGAGCAAAGGUGGUGGUGAUAGAGAAGCGCGAUGCCUUCUCCCGCAACAAUGUUCUGCACCUGUGGCCAUUCACGAUACAUGACUUGCGGGGCCUCGGCGCCAAAAAGUUCUAUGGCAAAUUCUGUGCCGGAGCCAUCGACCAUAUCAGUAUUCGUCAGCUCCAGCUGAUACUCUUGAAGGUCUCCUUGAUCCUGGGGGUCGAGAUACAUGUCAAUGUAGAGUUCCAGGGUCUUGUCUACCCUCCGGAGGACCAGGAGAACGAGAGGAUAGGGUGGCGUGCGCAAGUCCACCCGAAAACGCACCCGGUCUCUGAAUACGAGUUCGAUGUGAUCAUCGGAGGGGACGGACGGCGGAACACUUUGGAAGGCUUCCGGCGAAAAGAAUUCCGAGGCAAGCUGGCAAUCGCCAUCACAGCCAACUUCAUCAACCGCAAUACCACCGCGGAAGCCAAAGUUGAAGAGAUCAGCGGCGUGGCCUUCAUAUUCAACCAGAAGUUCUUCCAGGAUCUACGAGAAGCUACAGGCAUUGAUCUGGAGAAUAUUGUCUAUUACAAAGAUGACACCCACUAUUUUGUCAUGACUGCCAAAAAGCAGAGCCUGCUGGAUAAAGGAGUAAUACUGCAUGAUUAUGCAGACACAGAGCUUUUGCUCUCUCGAGAGAAUGUGGACCAGGAGGCUUUGCUCAACUAUGCCAGGGAAGCAGCCGAUUUCUCAACCAAUCAGCAACUGCCGUCGCUGGACUUUGCCAUCAACCACUACGGACAGCCUGACGUGGCCAUGUUUGACUUCACGUGCAUGUAUGCCUCGGAGAACGCAGCCAUGGUUCGAGAAGUGAACAAUCACCAGCUACUUGUGGCGUUGGUUGGGGACAGUCUACUAGAGCCAUUCUGGCCAAUGGGAACUGGGAUAGCCAGGGGCUUUCUUGCCGCCAUGGACUCUGCCUGGAUGGUACGAAGCUGGUCUUUGGGAACGAGUCCUUUGGAGGUCCUUGCAGAAAGAGAGAGCAUCUAUAGGUUGCUGCCUCAAACCACCCCUGAGAAUGUGAGCAAAAACUUCAGCCAGUACAGCAUUGAUCCUGUAACCAGAUACCCAAACAUCAAUGUCAACUUCCUGCGGCCAAACCAGGUGCGUCAUUUGUAUGAUACCGGAGACUUGAAAGACAUUCACCUGGAAAUAGAGAAUUUGGUGAACUCCAGAACACCAAAGCUGUCACGGAAUGAGUCGGUAGCUCGCUCUAGCAAACUGCUGGGCUGGUGUCAGAGGCAGACGGAUGGCUAUUCCGGUGUCAAUGUGACGGAUCUUACAAUGUCUUGGAAGAGUGGCCUAGCAUUAUGUGCCAUUAUCCAUCGAUACCGCCCCGACCUCAUAGAUUUUGAUUCUCUGGAUGAACACAACGUGGAGAAGAAUAACCAGCUGGCAUUUGACAUUGCCGAGAAGGAGUUUGGAAUCUCUCCCAUCAUGACCGGUAAAGAGAUGGCAUCGGUUGGUGAUCCAGACAAGUUGUCCAUGGUCAUGUAUCUCACCCAGUUCUACGAGAUGUUCAAGGACUCCCUCCCUUCCAAUGACAAUCUGGAACUGAAUGCUGAAGAAAAAGCAGCGUUAAUUGCUAGCACCAAAUCUCCUAUCUCCUUCUUCAGCAAACUGGGUCAGAGCAUCUCCCGGAAGCGGAUGCCAAAGGAUAAAAAGGAGAAAGAUCUGGAUGGUUCAGGAAAGAGGAGGAAAACAAGCCAGUCAGAAGAGGAGGACAGCUCCCGAAGCUACAGAGAAGAGAGGCCUACCCUGGUGAGCGCCCUGACGGAGAGAAAAAUUGAUGCCGCUAUUGGAAACCAGAAUAAAGUGAAGUCCAUGGCAACGCAGCUGCUGGCCAAAUUUGAGGAGAAUGCACCUGUGCAGUCUACAGGCAUCCGGAGACAGUGUGCCCAGCCUUAUCAAGACCGUGCUGUCAGCCAGCCAGCCUAUCGCCAGAGAGAGCAGGGCCGCCUGGCUCCUCUGCCCCAAUGGAAACAGAUGAGGAGAAAGGAGCGUUCUCGGACCUGCCCCAAAAAAGUGAUCAUGCUCUCUUCUUCCUCCACUUGCACUUCCUCUCCAUCGUACCCCAGUCAGCAGACAAAAAGGGAACCUCAUGCCGAUCCAGCUGGAGAACGGAGUCCUAGUCAGGAACGGGGGUCUCACCGGUUCUUUUCAGACGACUGCGUGCCAGCGCGCACGCUUACCAUUGAGCAGCGGGCGAGCCAACUGGCUGCCCUCCUGGAGCAAAGGCCAACGACCGGGCAUCAGCCAGAGACCGAGCGAUCUCGUCGAUCUGUUGGCGAACAGUGGGAGCUCUCCCUUAGCCUCCGUUCUUCCAGCCGCCCGGCUUCUCCCUCAUCAGACUCCUUCAGACAGAAGUACAUAAAGAUGUACACAGGCGGCGUGAGCUCAUUGGCUGAGCAGAUAGCCAAUCAGCUUCAAAGAAAAGACCAGCCUAAAACCCUUCUAGGCAAGAAGGAACUGGGAUCAUUAAAGAAAGAAUUCCCCCCCAACGUGGGAGGCAGCGACGUCUGCUACUUCUGCCACAAGCGCGUCUAUGUGAUGGAAAGGCUGAGCGCCGAAGGCAAGUUCUUCCACCGCAGCUGCUUCAAGUGUGAAUACUGCGCCACCACCCUACGUCUGUCAUCGUACGCCUAUGACCUGGUGGACGGGAAAUUCUACUGCAAGCCCCACUACUGUUACAGACUUUCAGGUUAUGCACAGAGGAAGAGACCUGCAGUGGGUCCUCUGUCAGGAAAGGAAAACAAAGGGACUCAGCAGGACACCAUGGCGGCUGAUGGUGCAGGGCGUGCAAACUCCAUCUCAGCAUCAUCAGAGAGGACCCCAGCUCCCAAUGUUAACGGCCUAGAGGAACCCAGUCUCGCCAAACGGGUGCGUGGCACGCCGGAGCGGAUUGAACUGGAGAAUUAUCGGCUGUCCGUCCAGCGGGAAGAGGAGCUAGAAGAGGUUCCUGAGGAGACUCUGGCAGAGCACAAUCUCAGCAGCGUGCUAGACAAAGGAACGGAAGAGGAUUUACCCAGCAGUAGCUCAGAAUCUGAGAUGGAGGAAGAAGAAGAGGACGAGGAGGAGGAUAGGCCACAACAACCCUCCUCUGACCUGGGCGGCGUGCCAUGGAAAGAGGCAGUGCGGAUACACGCCAUGCUGAAGGGGAAGAGCGAAGAGGAUCUGGAGGCUCAGAAAAACCAUGAUGUGGAGGAGGAAGAGGAGGAGGAGGAAGAAGGAGAGGAGGAAGAAGGAGAGGAGGAGGAGGAAGAGGACGAAGUCUCUAGCGAAGAGGGAGACUAUUACCCUUGGCACAGUGAGCUCCAGCAAGGCCUCUGGCUUGAACGUCUCUCAAACGAAGAGGACACGGGUACAUUUAAAGCUGGAAACCUGAGGCUGCAACAGAUAGUAAAUCCAGUCGAUCCCCUGGAGAUCUUGGCAGAUGUGCACUGGACACACAUCCGUCAGAAAGAGGAGGAGGAAAAACUGGGCCCUACUUCUAAGUCCUCCACCUCCAGAGCAUCCGACCUACCCUCCGUACGCCACGAGGCAGUGCAGGCGUGGCUGGAAACAGUCCCAGGAGCCCUGUGUGAAGAGAACGAAUAUGAGGAUGAAGCGGGCACCGAGCCUGCCGAAGCCAUCGAGGAUGGGGACACGGGGGCAGAGCUGGACGAUGAUGACAUCCCAUCGGAUGCAGAAGCAGAGUGCCGUCUGCAUCAUGGAGAGACGGAAGAACUGGAGCUGAAAGUUUCCGACAUUGUGGAGGCCAAAGCCACCGACCCUUGCAUUGCAACGGAAGAUCCUUGCAAGCCUUGCCUCCCGGUCCCGUCACCCUGCGAAAAGGCUGUUACGCUUUCUCCAGUUCUUAACCACGAGGAAGAACCAAAAGAGGACUCACUGGAACCUCUCGCAACAACGCCCUGCAAAGUGAGGACUCCAGAAGCUCGUUUUUUCCCCGAUCCAUUCCUCCCUGAUCCAUUCCCCUCAGAAGAGAAGACACGAGAUGACAUCCUCGAUAAUCAAAAAGUCAAAAGCCCAAUGGCACCUCUAUCUCCAAUACGGUCCCAGCCAGUUGCACUUCCUGAGGCCGUCACGCCAACAUCACCUGUGAAAUCACAACAAGCAUCUCCCACAUUCCCUACGCCUCCGUCUGCUACCCCCCUGCCUAUAUGUUCACAGCCUUUACCCUCUACUGAAGCCUCCAUUCCAUCUCCAGGAGAGCCACCGGUGUGUUUUCAGCCAGUCCCAGCCUUAACCUCUACUCCUUUGGCCAAACUCGCCCUAAAAAGUCAAGAUAGUGAGAUGGAAAAAUUGGGAAGCCCUACCUCAGCCGAAGAAGCCUUGAAACGUAAUAACCUUGUGGAGGAGUUUUGGAUGAAGAGUGCUGAAAUCCGGAGGAGUCUGGGUCUCACCCCUGUAAACAGAGGCAGGGGAGCAGAGCCGAACUUUACCAUCUCACCCCUUGCGUCUAGUCCCCUCAAAUCAUAUCCUCCUGAUGGUGUUCCAGAAGAUAAGGGAAUCCAUCUUGUGAAACCACAGCCAGCCCCAAGAAAGCCAGUCACGCCCAAGUUGGAUGAACAGUUUUCGCUGCUGACACCAAAGUCCCCGUCAGAGAGAGAGCUGAAAAAUUCAAGUGACGUCAAGAGAGACCUGUCCAGCAGUUCUGGACUUGGUCUUCAGGGCAGCUCGUCCAACAUGAGAACAUUCGCCAGCCAGAGUUUCAACACUUCUGAUUCCACCAUGCUCACUCCUCCAUCCAGCCCCCCGCCUCCUCCACCUCAAAACGAAGAACCAGCCACUCUGCGAAGAAAGAGGCAUCAGGCGAUUUGGCAGAAUGAAGCAGAAUCUAAGCCGGCUUCCGUGCUAACGCCUCUUCCUCCACCAGCAAGUGAACAGACCCGUCCUGCCAAGGAGCCACCCCAGCCUUCUCGAGAGGAGGUGCGGAAGUCAUUUGUGGAGAGCGUGGAUGAAAUACCGUUUGCCGACGACGUCGAGGACACUUUCGAUGAGAGGACCGAAGAUACAAGCCUCCAUGAAAAGUACUACACUCCCCCUACCAGCCGGUCAAGGCCAGAGAAACCUCUUCACCUACAUUUGGUUAAAGAGAAUGGCGGGCCGCCGUCGAUAGAAGGAGGAAGCCAGCAGAAGAGAGGCCUGCCCCAUGUCUCCAUGGAAGCUAAGGAAAUAGCUGAGGAAAGAAUGAGAGCUAGAGAGAAAUCUGUGAAGAGCCAAGCUCUGCGCGACGCCAUGGCUAAGCAGCUAUGCAAGAUGAAAGAUCUGGAGAUGGCCAAGGCUGCUGGUGCAGCCAAAUUGCACAAAGCAUCGACUGCGCCCUCCAAGACCAAAGAGCUGUUCUUCGAGUCCCCAAGACUUGCGAAACUGGGCGAAGGUCCCACACUGAAGCACAAAGCCAGCAGUGAAAAGUUGUUCUCGCCCUUUUCGGAUAUCAGCGGACGUGAUGCAUCAGUCACUUCCUCGGAAGGUUCCGGAGGGAAGAGUAAGAAAAGGACUUCUCUCUUCUCGCCUCGCAAGAACAAGAAGGAGAAGAAGUCCAAGAACGGCAGCAGGCUCUCUGACAAAUCCAGCAGCGUGGCUGAAGAAGCCACCAAGCCCAAAUCACUGUGGAAAUCUGUAUUCUCUGGUUAUAAGAAAGACAAGAAGAAAAAGGCAGAUGACAAGUCUUGCCCAAGCACACCUUCCAGUGGGGCCACAGUGGAUUCUGGGAAACAUAAGGCGUCUCCUGUGAUUAGAGUGGCAGAUUUGCAGCUGCGUCGGCACUUAAGCUUCUCAGAAGAUUCUGACCUCUCCAACGAUGACGUCUUGGAACGCUCUUCACAGAAAUCCAGGCGAGAGUUGAUUUACGUACCACACGCCUUGGCAUUCAAGAGGUCAUACGCGUCAAAGAAGGCUUACACGGAGGACGAGCUCAAUGCCAAACUGACCAGGCGAGUGCAGAAAGCUGCUCGCCGCCAAGCCAAGCAGGAGGAGCUGAAGAGAUUGCACCGGGCUCAGAUUAUCCAACGGCAGCUGGAGCAGGUAGAAGAGAAACAGAGGCAGCUGGAAGAGAGGGGAGUUGCUGUGGAGAAGGCCCUUAGGGGAGAAGCAGUUGAGCCCAAUGCCGGGACACCACGCCGUAGACCUCUCUCCUUCUGCCCUUGCUGUGCCCACGAAGGCAUGGGGAAGAAGGACGACCCCAAGCUGAUGCAGGAAUGGUUCAAGCUGGUGCAGGAGAAGAAUGCUCUGGUGCGCUACGAGUCAGAGCUGAUGAUAUUCGCUCGCGAAUUGGAGCUGGAGGACAGGCAAAGCCGGCUACAGCAAGAGCUCCGGGAGAGGAUGGCGGUGGAGGAUCACCUCAAGACGGAGGAAGAGCUGUCCGAGGAGAAGAGGAUCCUGAACGAAAUGCUCGAAGUGGUGGAGCAGAGGGACUCCCUGGUGGCCCUCCUGGAGGAGCAGAGGCUCCGGGAGAGAGAGGAGGACAAGGACCUGGAGGCCGUCAUGCUGUCCAAGGGGUUCAACUUGAACUGGUCUUGAGCUCGUGCCAUUGCCCGCUGCUGAUUGGUGAUG